AUGUUCUCUGGUCCCUGGCCAUGAUUUUCCUGGACGUGCACCUGGCCAUGGGGGGCAUGGAUUCAUGCUAUGAUGCGCAAGGGCGCGCACAGCGGUGCAUGCCCAUCUUUGAGAAUGCAGCGUUUGGGAGGCAGGCACAGGUGUCAAACACAUGCGGGUCCCCGCCAGAGGAUUACUGUCUCCAGAUGGGCACCAGGGACUCCACCGCUCUUUGCCACCACUGCGACGCUGGUGAUGACGCGCUUCACCACAACGCCACCUAUCUGACGGACUUCCACAGCCAGGAGGAGUCCACGUGGUGGCAGAGCCAAUCCAUGGCCUUCGGGGUUCAGUACCCCAACCCUGUCAAUAUCACCCUUCACCUGGGAAAAUCCUAUGAAAUCACAUACGUGAGGCUGAAAUUUCACACCAGCCGCCCAGAAAGCUUUGCCAUUUAUAAACGGAGUCAUGCCGAUGGCCCCUGGAUCCCGUAUCAAUACUACAGCGCCUCGUGCGAGAAGACCUAUGGCAAGCCGGAAAGGCAGUUCCUGCGGCGUGGCGAAGACGAGCAAGUGGCCCUCUGCACGGAUGAGUUCAGCGACAUCUCCCCGCUGAGCGGGGGCAACGUGGCUUUCUCCACCAUAGAAGGCCGGCCUAGUGCCUACAGCUUUGACCAGAGCCCCAUUCUCCAGGAGUGGGUGACGGGCACAGAUCUGCUGAUUUCUUUGGACCGGCUCAAUACCUUUGGGGAUGACAUCUUCAAGGACCCCAAGGUGCUGCAGUCUUACUACUACGCCAUCUCAGACUUCUCCGUCGGGGGCAGGUGCAAGUGUAAUGGCCACGCGAGCGAAUGCAUCCCGAAUGAGGAGGAUCAGCUGGUGUGCCUCUGCCAACACAACACCGCCGGGGUGGACUGCGACUCCUGCCAGCCGUUUUAUCAGGACCGCCCGUGGGCACGGGGCACUGCCGAGUCGGCCAACGAGUGUCUCCCGUGCAACUGCAGCGGCCGCUCUGAUGAAUGCUUUUAUGACUGGGAGCUGUACCGGGCCACUGGGCAUGGCGGCCACUGCCGGAAUUGCCAGGAUAACACGGACGGGCCGCACUGUGAGAUCUGCCGCCGGAACUUUUACCACUGGGACGUCCAGACAGCGUGUCAGCCCUGCAACUGCAACCCAGCAGGUUCCUUGAACCCCCAGUGCGACAGCUCAGGGGCCUGCGAGUGCAAAGCAACUGUGACUGGCUGGAAAUGUGAGCGUUGUCGAGAUGGAUUCCACUCCCUCAGCGACGGCGGGUGCAGACCUUGUGCUUGUGAUGCAGCUGGCAGUGUGGGAACAUGCGACCCGAAUACAGGACACUGCAGGUGCAAGGAGAAGGUGGAAGGCUACCUGUGUAACAGAUGCCAACCUGGUAGCUUCAACCUUCAACUCCACAACCCCACUGGUUGCACCAGCUGCUUCUGCUAUGGGCAUUCAACAGCAUGCACAGCAACCCGGGGCUAUGAGGUUCAUGAUAUCAUCUCUGACUUCAGCCAAGGACUUGAUGGCUGGAGAGCAGAAAAUCCAAGUGGUCAGGAGGUCCCCCUACUUUGGGCUAGAGGAGAGAUUUCCCUAGAACAAGGCGGACAGGAACUGGCUGAUUUUUUAUCACCAGAGAAGUUCCUUGGUAACCAGCGCCUCAGCUAUGGGCAGACCCUCUCUGUGCACGUCCGCACAGAGGGCGCCACACCCGGCUCCCCUCCUUUCCCCAUCUGGCUGAUUUUGGAGGGGGACGGGAUCUUGGUGUCUGCAAGUCACAUGGGUGCAGGAGACGGCAGAAAUGGCACGCAUUGUGAAGAGCACAUAAUUACGUUCAGGCUUCACGAGGCACAAGAAGAGAUGCAGCCGGCUCUCUCAGUGUUCCAGUUCCAGCGCCUGCUCUCCAACCUGAAGGUGCUCCGGAUCCGGGCCAGAAGCAGCCAGGGACCAGGCAGGAUCUCCCUGAAGGAAGUCCAGCUGACGUCAGCUCGCCCGGGCCUUGCCCAGCCGGCCGUGUGGGUCGAAGAGUGUAUAUGCCCGCAAGGGUACGUAGGCCAGUUCUGCGAGUCCUGUGCUGCUGGCUACAAGCGGGAGGCAAACUUUGGUGGCCCUUUCUCCAGAUGCAUCCCCUGUUCUUGCAACCAGCACGGCAGCUGCGAUCCUGAUACAGGCCUCUGCCAGUGCCUACACAACACAGAGGGGCCUUCCUGUGAGCGUUGUGCCGCUGGUUUCCACGGCAACCCCUUCAUCGGUCGCUUUGAUGACUGCGAGCCUUGCCCUUGUCCCGGCCAGACGCCUUGCAUGGCCAUCCCAGAGAGCGGAGAGGUGGUCUGUACCCAUUGUCCGCCGGGGCAGAGAGGGAGACUGUGUGAGCUGUGCGAUGAUGGCUUUUUCGGGGACCCACUGGGAAGGAAUGGACAAGUCCGACCUUGCAGCCCCUGUGACUGCAAUGGCAACGUGGACUCCAAUGCCGUGGGCAACUGUGACGCCCUCUCAGGCCACUGUCUCCGCUGUCUGUACAACACCGCAGGGGACCGCUGUGAGAGGUGUCAGGAAGACUUCUACGGGGAUCCAUUAGCUGCCAACCCUACUGAGAAGUGUGCACCCUGCAAGUGUAACCCUGGAGGCUCUGCCCGCAGGCCAGAGGUUUGUGACAGUGUGACCGGUCAAUGCGUCUGCCUCCCCCACGUGACUGGGCGGGACUGCAGCCAGUGCCAAGAGGGUUAUUUUGACCUCCAACCGGGAAAGGGGUGCAAAAGCUGCCAGUGUCACCCGGUAGGAUCCCAGCACAGCCGUUGCCACCUGCUCACGGGGCAAUGCGCCUGCCAACCUGGCGUGGAAGGAGUCUUGUGUGAUCGGUGCCAGGCCGGCUUCUUCGGGUUCUCCUUCCAAGGCUGCCGAGCCUGCAACUGCUCCCGGCUCGGCUCUGUCUCCCCCCAGUGCCACAAGAACAGCACGUGCGUGUGCAAGAGAGGCUUUGUGGGGUACAAGUGUGACCAGUGCGAGGCUAACUACUUCUAUGACCCCAGGAGCAACCAGUGCCAGGAGUGCCCCAUUUGCUACAGCCUCGUGAAGGAAGAGGCAGACAGGCUGAAGGCCAAGCUGACAGAGAUGGAGUUGUGGUUACAGAAGCCGAACUGUGGCAGGCCGAGGGCACAUUAUUAUUCCGCUGUGCUUGGGGAGGCCCCACGGGGAGACACCCUCCACAACCGUUACCUGCUGAAAGGUGCCAAAGUGGCUUUCUUAGAAAAGCUUGCGGAGCUGGAGAGCCUGGUGCGCGACGCAGGGAGCCGGCUGAGGAACACCAGUGAGAUCCUGGGCUGUGACUAUCAGAGGGGCGCCAAAGGCUGCACCCUCCUCUCCAACAUCCAGCCCUUCCUGUGGUCGACUCACCGAGAGAUCCAGCUGGCCACCGAGACGCUGGUUGCAAUGGAUUUUCCUGCUGAGAUGUCACACCAGCCCACCAACUGGAGCCGUCCAGCGCUGGAGUCUAGGGGACUGGCCCGGAGCCAGAUGGAGGCUGCAGCCUUGGUGGAGGCCACUGCGAUGAAGGCAAUGCUCACCUCCAGCAAGACCUAUCGCCUUCUGCAGAGCAUCAUAGAGGACAACGCAACACUGGAGUUUAUGGGACAGAUGGAAGAGAGGUACCAGAGAAUCCAAAAAGCACAGGGGGAGCUCAGCUCCAAGAUGGAAGAGGCCGCAAGCAAAGCCAAGAAAACCUUUGCUUUGAUCCAUCAGACCAACAGAGACACGGCAAAGGACUUCUCAUGGAUCAGCACUCAAACAUUGCGCCCCCUAAUGCAGGAAGCUGAAAAUCUUACUCGGCAUGCCAGUGAACUGGAGCAACUGGCAGAAGUGAAGAAACAUCUGGUGUCCGACGGAUCCCUUGUUGUCCAAGCCAGACUAGAGGGCACGCUUCAGACGAUGCAUCAGCAGGAGCAGUUCUGGGAAAGAACAUACAAUGCCCACACGCUGGCCACCUCAUCGCUCUCAAACGGAGAGGCUGCCGUCUCCGAAGCAAAGAACCUGUUGUCCAGCCUGGAUGGGAUGAGGAGGCAGGUUGCACGUCACAAAGGUCAGUCCCCCACCAACAGGAAAAUGGCAGCCGUACGGGAUAGGGCGAUUGUGGAUGCUCAGAGAAAGAUCAGGCAAGCGCGGAGGGUUCUAGGAAGUUCUCUUUCAGUCUCUGCUGAGGCCCGGAAAACUGCCAGCGACGUGGAGUCGGUCACCAAGGAAGGUGCUAAGAAGGCCGAAGACACACUCAGAGACACGAAGCGGGAGAAAAGGCGUGCAGAUAAACUUGCGGGGCACAUUGCUCUGACCGUGGCAGAAAUCUCCAGGCAGGAGGGAGAGUCUGAAGAACGGGACAGCAAGCUCACUGGAACUGGCCAAGUUGCGGCAGAGAUGAGCGAUCUUGACAGGAGCCUCCGAGAUGCCCAGCGCUCCUUGGAGACUGACAUUGCAACGCUGAACAGCCUGCUCUCCGGUCUAGGCGACUUAGAUCAUGCUGCCCUUUCGGAAGCUGCGCUGAAUGCGAGCCAAGCCCAGCUGCAGCGCUUGCAGUUGCGUCUGGCGGAGCCUGGCAACCUAGGUCAGGCGCUGAGCACCUUGUGGCUUGAGGCUGAAGCACAGCGGGCACAGAUCGAGGCCUUCGAGAGAGACCUGGAGGAGAUCCAAAGCGACAAGCGGAAUCUCGAAUCCAUCCUCCGGAGUUUGCCCAGUGGCUGCUCCAGCCGGAAGUGAGCCAGGAAAAGUGCUCCAGAGCGCCGUCCUUGGCAGCUCAAGAGACUGCAGCAGACUUAAACACACUGGGGCCACGGAGCAGAGGAAAGGAAAGCGUAGGAGAUGGAGGGGUGGGGAAGAAAUUCAGUUCACUUCACAUUUAAAGGCGAACCUACCUAAUUCGCACUUUUCUGGAACCAUACGUGACCCGAAACACAGGCGUCCCUUGAAACUUGCGCUUCUCUGGAUUUUGCAGUGCAGUUGUCCAGGCAAGUAAGGUGUAUAAAAAUGCACAGGUUCAUGAAAAUAACAUAUAAAAAUGUAUGAUAUUCGUGAAAACUGCUUUGCUAAAAAAAUGUGUACAUUAGGUAGACUUGCAUACAGAUGUAUAUAUUAGGAGAAAGUCACACUAUAAUGCUGAUGACUUUUCACGGGGACCUCUUUUUAAAAAAUCACAAUCUGAUGUGGAAAUGGGGAGACAGGAAAAAUGAGAAACACUGAGAAACUGAAAUUGACAGAUUCACCCAUCCCUCAGGAGAUGCCCCCAUGGACAGCCAUUGACAAAUGAGUUGGUGCAGGGGAGAUCAAAAUGCUACCCAAGUUUGGCUGUGUUCAGAUGGUAGCUUUGGACACUGCAAACAAAACUGACAUUCUUUAACCAAUUUCACCAGGUGAUGUCCACAUGCUUUGAAGCAUCUCUUUCUGCAACGAUAAGGGCUAGAAAUAUUAAACUAAGUGUGAAAAGUUGAA